AUGUCCUUCCCGAAGGCUCCGCUAAAACGCUUCAAUGACCCUUCUGGUCGUGUACCUUCUCCAGGAGCUUAUGAUGUCAAAACUUCAGAAAUACCAAAAGGGCCUGUAUCAUUUGAGAAAUCACAACGAUUUAGGAAGCAUCAGGCAGCUUUUAUGGAAAAUCAAGAGGGUAUUAAUAAUGGUAAAGACAGGCCUACAACCACAACUGCAAAAAAUCUGAAACCUUUGGAAUUAAAGACAAAAUCUCAAAAGAAUAUUAAAGAGCUGAAAAAAUUGAAGAUUCAGGAGAAAGAGAUACGUGCCCUAGUCCAAGAGCGAGGAAUUCAGGAUAAACAUCUUCAGGAUCUGGAAGCAGAGUUUGAGAAAAUGGAAGCAAAGCUCAACAUAGCAGUCAGAGAAAAAACAUCUCUCUUAGCGAAUAUUGCAUCUUUGGAAAAGCAGCUUAUUGAAUUAACUAGAGCUAAUGAAAUUCUAAAAAUAAAGUUUUCUGAAGAUGGUAGCCACCAGAAGAAAAUAAGUCUUCUAAGCUUAGAGUUAAUGAAACUGAAGAAUAAGAUGGAAACAAAGAAGAAGAAUGUUGUUGAUAAACAAGAAGGGAAGGAAAUCAAACUAUAUUCGGCACAGAAGAAUCUUCAUUCUCAAGGAAAUUUGGACCAACUAGAGGAAAAAAUAGUUACUUCAGAAAAAGAAAACACUGAAGAAAAAUUAGAAAUUGAAAACCUCUUGAAAUAUAUUACAGAAAUCAGCUGUACAUCAGAUCAAAUGGAAAAAUAUAAGAUGGAUAUUGUCCAAUUAGAAGAGACUUUGAAUCAGAAGAAUCAAGAGAUUUUAAUCCUUAAGCAAUCUCUGGAUGAAAAUGUGGAUGUAUUAUCUAAAAACAUUAAAGACCUGAACACUAGAUGUGAGACACUUGAAAAGGAAAAAGAGGAACUUGUCAAGCAAGACAAAGAACAAGAACAAAAUCUCAAUACUGAGAUACUAAGCUUGAAAAAAAGAUUAACUCUAGAAAAACAAGAAAAUGAAAAGCUGGCACAAAAGCAGACAGAAAUUGAUUCAUGUCUUCAACGAGAACAGGAAUUAUCAUCUAGUCUUAAUCAGAAGCUUUGUCUAUUCCAAGAAGAGAUAAUUAAUGAGAAAAAUCUUUUUGAAGAAGAAUUAAAACAAGUGUUGAGUGAGCUAGAUAAACUGCAACAAAAGGAAGAACAGGCUGAAAGACUGGUGAAGCAACUGGAACAAGAGAAUACAUCCAGAGCUACAGAGCUCCAACUCUUAGAAGAAAAGCUUAAGGGGAAACAGGAUGAAAUUGAGAAAAGCAGUGAAGCACACAAUCAGGCCAUUCUGCACUGGCAGGAAAAAUACAACAAUACAUUACAAAAUCUUAAAGAAGUCACUGCUGAAUUUGAAAGCCAUAAAGUAUCAGUGGCUAAAGAGAUGACGGAUCUAAAGCAUGAGAAUUCAUCACUACAAGGAAAGAAUUCUGAGGCAGAAAAAACAGUUCAGCUUAUUCAGCAGCAAAUGGUGGAGAUUCAGCAUGCUAAAAAUAAAAAGGAUGAAGAAUAUACAAGGAUGUUUCUAGACAUGCAGAGCAAGUUGGCCCUUAAAGAAGAAGAAGUAAGAGAAGCAAUAGCUUCUUCUUUAGAACAGAUAUCUGAUUUACAGAAUAAACUUAAGCAACAAAGUGAAGACUUUAAGAAACAACUUGUAAUGGAAGAAACAAGCAAAACUAGAGAAAAUAAUAUGGAAUUCACGGAAGAUGUGAAAAAAUGGCGUCUCCUUUAUGAAGAACUUUAUAACAAAACAAAGCCUUUUGAGCAACAAUUGGAUGCGUUUGAAGCAGAAAAGAGAGCUUUAUUGAAUGAACAUGGUGCUACACAGGAAGAACUGAAUAAACUUAGUGAAUCAUAUGCCAAAUUAUUGGGUCAUCAGAAUCAAAAGCAAAAAAUCAAACACGUCAUGAAAUUAAAGGAAGAAAAUAACCAGCUUAAAUUGGAGGUUUCUAAACUCCGUUCUCAACUGAAUAAGGAAAAACAAGCAGGGAAAAAACUUCAGGAACAAGUUAAUGAAGCAAAAGGUUUCAAGCGGUUUGAUCCUUCUAAAGCUUUUCAGCAUGAGAGUAAAGAAAACUUUUCUCCCAAAGUACCUUUGAAGGAAGGUAACAGAAAAUGCUACUGAAAUCCUCUGGAGUUUCUAGAAUCAUGAAAGAAGACUUUACAAAUAAUCUAUAAGGACUAUUUAUAAUUUAUUGAUUUUUGGAACACUCAAAUUUAUGAGAUUUUAAUAAUGCUGAUAAUUUAAUAUUUACCUGUAUUUAACUAUAUGAAAAGUAUAUGGUAAUCCAUCAACCUUGACUCCCCAUUUCUAGUGAUAAUAUUCCAUUUUAGUUUUCUUUCUCAGAUUUCUUAAACUUGUUCCUUUCCUUACACAUUACUACUACUACAGUCUACACCCUUAUCAAAUAACUUCAUGUCUAGGUUAUUACAGUAGCCUAUAGCUGGUUCCAUUCUUUAGGUUUCUUUUUCCUCUUUUAAUUCUCUCUGUAUACUGCCAUUAGAUUAAUUUUCCUUAAAAAAUUUAUUGAUAUUAUUUAUUCUUCCAGUACAAUCUGUUGCUUUGUUAUUGCACUGUUACAGCCAAAAAGAAAAAAAAAGAUAAAAUUAAAAUACUCAACUUAAUAUCUUGUAUGAUUGUAUUUAGAGUGAAUUACUAAAUUAGAGCUACUUAUUGCAGCAUUUU